UGAGAACAUUUGGGCAAAUGGCGAACGAAAAACGCUAGGGGGUUCGGAGAAAACAGCACGGUCAAUGACAAUCAGCACCAGCAGCAGAAAGGAGAAAUGUUGGCCCAUUUUGAGAGAGGCAGUUCUGAUGUGGAUUGGUGCGAGUCAAACUACGCACACGUGUCUUUCAUAGCAGAAUUCUACAACACGGUAAGGCGGAAGCGCCCGCUCUUUAGAGCGUGUCAGUAGAGAUAGGGAUUGUACAUUUGAACCAAAGAAAAACAUCCAUAAGAGAAAUGUGCCCCUAUUUCAGUGUUUUACGUAAGGAGUUGUUGGCCUGUAUUCAAAGAAAUUAUAAUUCCAAGGACUGAUAAAUUCUGUUUUAUUAUUGUUGUGUUUUAUAACGCAGAUAAGCAACGUCAUUUUUCUCGUUUUUCCUCCAUUUUUCGUGUAAGUAUACCUUUCGUUGUUCUUAACUUUUUGUUCAUACUAGCUAUAACUGCCUUUAGUUUGAUGUACUUGUCGUUUCAAUGAAACAGUCAACAAAACGGGUCCAGUUCUUUAAAUUUCACUGAAUGCGCCUUAGUUCGGUAUGUGUACUUUUUGCUCAUGUUUGCGAAACCGGUCGGAUUAUAUUCAACCACAGGAAUUCAAUGUAGCGAUAUUGUAUCCCAGCACACAAAGUCGAGUAAAUUAGAAUACUUUUCCAAAGCCAAUGCUCUAUCAAGCUUACUAAGUAAACGAGAACUUAUUUAAAAGAAAACAAAAUGCACAUCAGUUUUUAGCAGGUACUUAAAAGACACCUGUAGCUUGGGAUAUUUACAUAAUACCUUUUAAGUUAAAGUGAAACAAAUGAAAAAAAAUUAUCUAACAGUAAGAGCAUGGCUCUAAGUCUGAUAGAAAAUGCGUUUUACACAUGCGGACGAUUGUAAGAACGUGCUAUUAACGAACUCACGUUACGCACCAUAGAGCACUUACUUCGGGAGUCUUUGAAAAGCAGGUGGCGGAAUGAAUUAUUUAGCAUGGUAAUUCUACUUUUAUCAUACUAACAAAACGACAGAGUUAUUUAUACUGUCUCGACAUGAACAAAAAUUAUAGACUUCUGGUGAUAAAACCGACACAAAAAUAGUAAAAUCACUUACCGUAAAAGAUUGAUUUGGGUACCAUUUGUCUUUACAAUUCCAGCAGUUCAACUCAUUCAACCGUUCAGAGGUUUAUUUUUCUUUAGACUAAGAGUAGUCCCCCAUUUUUCCUCACGGAUGGUAGAGCGAGCGAAACUCGCCUUUUCUCGUUUGGGGUGAUUUUCACGCGCGCUCGCGUUUCGCUCGCUCUACUAUCCCUGAGGAAAAAUGGGGGACUACUCGUAGUCUAAUUUUUCUUAGAGAACGUACUUCAAACCAAGGAUGAUUUAUAUUUCUUAGACAUACUAUUUUCAAACUGAUCUGUAUGAGCAUCUAGAUGUUAACACAUUUUUUAACAAACAACUUUAGUAUAUCGUAUGAGGUAAGGAAGGUCCUACAAAAACACCUGCAUAUUUUUCUUUUUUGACGACGAAGACCUAUAAAUGGGCAAGCGCUGAAUGUCUGUUGUACAAGGCAGACAAUUUAGUCUCACUGAGAUUUAGUUACACAAAGUGGGAGAUAACUAACAAAGAAAAAAUAAAAUAUAAACGUAAAGAGGUCGGGGUUAGUUUCUCUAAUUUUCGCGGCAGCCAGACGGUUAUUCCAGUUUCACAAAAAAUAAUUUAAAUUUGUUGGAAGAGCUUUGCACUAAUGACGUUUCAAAUUUCUGGUCCCUGCUGUGACUCAGACAUUGAACCUGACGAGUUUAAGAGUUUUGUAUGGGAAAGUCACGUUCGCCAACAAAGUUUCGUCGUCUUUGAAGAUUUUUAUCUUCAAAAGAAACAAAAUCAGGCUUGGUUUCGGUAACAUAUAUCCUGAAAAUAAUCAACGUGUCCUAAGACAACGUUAACCCGACGUAGUCAAUCGAACGUUCGGUAAUCGAACCCAAUCGCGUCGAUUGAGUUCGAUGGGGUUCGGUAAUUGAACUUAAUCGAACUCACAAAAAAGCUCCAGUUCGAUUAUUUUCGAUUGCCGAACCAAUCGAACUCCAAUCGAACGAUUGGGUUCGAUUGGCUUCGAUUGGUUUUUGGUUCGGUUUCGUUCGAUUGACUACUCCGGGUGUUAAACAUGGAAAAAACUGAACAGAUGAGUGAUUUUAUUUGCAUGGACCAGUUUUUGCUCCCUACGACAGUAAUGCCCUUUAUAUAUUAGAACAAAGCUCAGAAGACAUUUUAAAAACGCUCAUUGCGAAUUUAUGAACAAUUUUCAUGUCAGUCGAAACGCAUGUUGCUCAUACAAGGCCUUUGAGUAGGCAAAGUUUGUCUGAGUCACGCGAAGGGUUUAAGGUGACAAAACCUAUUUUUAGUAAUAGUGCAAAGCGCUAUUGAAUAUGGCCAAUGAGGGAUGUUGCAUUGCAGAAAAGGGUUCUUAAGAUAUUUGUCCACCAUUAAGUUAGGGCUAAUUCGCCUACUAUUGUAUUACGUAAAUAUAACAUUUAUAACUACGCAACUUCACAUGGCACAAAGUACUGAGAACGACAACCACAUCAGUGCGCUGUUCAAAAAGCAUGAUCGCGUUGUAUGAAACUAACUUCACGAGCCUUACUAUCUCAGAAUAUGCAAUGUAUGUAUUGUAAAUACUCAAUUAGCGCCCAGCUUCUAACAAGUUCCCACUUCGCCGAACUGAAGACUCCUUUAAAUCUGGAAAACUAUGACGUUGCGUUUCUAAUUAGCACUGUCCCUCCACCUCAACAAAUAGACGAACUCUACUAACAAAGAGGUCAAAAUAGUACAAACGUUCUUUAGAGACCAUUAAAGGGUGGAAUUGUUAACCCUUACUUUUCAAAUGAAAGUGACUUUCAGAACAACUAUAACCUCGUUCCCAGGGCCCUUUGUCACUCGUCCUCUUUCUCACCCCAAGGGACGAGCAGGAGAGAACCAUGGGAACACAGUUGUUUGAUGGUUUGAUAAACGGGUGUUAUAAAAGUCAAGGUAACUGAAGCUCCGUGCAAACAGACGCAACAUUGUUGGCCAACAACUCCCAACAUUGUAGGAUAUUAAAUGUUGACUACGUUUAAACACCCUGUUGCAUAUUGUUAGGAGUGUAGUUGCGCAGAGUUUGAAAUCGGUCAAACUUCUGAACCAGAGACUCCCAACAUUUCUUUAUUAGUGCGAUCGGAUCGCCGAAGCGUGGCGCAACAAUGUUGGAUCCGUUUGCACAGCUCUCCCACCAUUGCUGGGGCCACGCACGCACAUUUAACAUGGUUUACAAAAAUUAUGGGUUGUAUUCUUCCCACGAUGCACUGCAGGUCCCAACUUGCAUCUGUUUGCACACCUCUUCCAACACAGACGAAACAACUCCCAAUAUUGUUUGCCCAUUAAUGUUGGGAGUUGUUUUUUGACUGUUUUGACUGCCGUCUAUUUAAAUUUUCUUGUGUUCAUUGUAGGUACCUGUUUCGUCCCUAUUCUAAGCAUGUAUGCUCCGGCGUUAAUGUUAUCUGGGCACUCUUUGUCGUGAUUGGAAUCAGUUCCGCGUAUUUCCACGCCACUCUCAGCCUGGUAGGGCAGCUUUUGGAUGAACUCGCAAUCUUGUGGGGUGUAAUGCUGGCGUUUGCUUUGUGGACACCGAAGUGGAUGUUAACUUUAGGACCCAUUGUUGUAGACAGGUAUGGGUCAAAAUAUAAGUUGAAGUAUUGCUGUCUCUCCAGCUGUUUAUUCAAUUUCUUUUUAUUAUGAGGAAUACGUACAAAAAAAAAAAAACAAAACAAAACAAUCAAAGCCAGCAACUUAAACAAAACCUCUCUGAAUUUGGAAGUAAUAAAGAUUUUCCCAGACGUAAUGAACACUUGACUUGAAAAAUGAAAGAUUAAAAAAUGAAAUUAAAUAAAUUAAAAAAAUCAAAAUUUUCCAGCGCAGUUUUGACUGGAAAGCAUCACUUUUGUUUUUCAGUGAUUGUCAUCAUUACCGGCAUACAGUCGUUAGUGCCAUUGGAAAAUAACCAUGGGUUUAUCUUGUCCAUACAGGGAAAAGUUUCAAUGUGCUAUCUUUGCACUGUCGCUGAUUUUUACUUGGCUAGGAUUUCUUUAUCCUGUCGCUAACGCAUUUGUACUGCUGACGUUUGGAGCCCCCUUUGUGAUCAUGUUAUUUGCUGAAUUAAAAAGGUAAUAUGACUGCAAUAGGAAUUGAAAAUCACGACACGACUCAGUAUAAUAGGUUAACGAGUCGGGUGUCUUCACCUGUACAUGAAAAGCUCCUAAAAGUUACAUGCAACCUUUGCGAUACCAAGUUCAGCCCUUUUCUCGCUCAAGAGUUGAUAAAAAUAUAUCUUUUAUUUUCUUCACCAAAUGAGCCAAUCCUUAUCUCCCCCUCAGUUGUAAACAAACAAUCAAACUAACGAGAAGAUUAUGCAUGAAACAAAAAGACCUCUUAACUUCCGAAGUUUAGUUUGUCUGUUUUUGUCAAGGUUUAGGUCGUUCUACUCUUAGCACUUAUUUAAAAUUCUUCGUAAGGUUUUCCCGACUGUGCCAGUCUAUAUGUCAAUCAAGAAAGGUUGCCAUAAGCAGUGUCGAAUCCAGACCUUAAGAUAAGGGAAGGGGCGGUGGGGGCGUUUGAGUCAUCCACACCCUGAGAUGAGGGGGGGAGGGGGGCGCGGUCUUAAAAGUUUGGUUUAAAAAUGAGGGGGGCCCAGGCCCCUCCCCUGGAUCCACCACCAGACUGAUUUACCAACGGGAACGUCAGUUGACGACGGCGCGCGCAAAUCAAACAACUGGCUUGACCAAUGGCAGAGCAGCAAAUUGAGCACCGGAAGUCAUGUUUAGUCCUUUCCGCGCGCUUUCCCGUCGUCAACUGACGUCCUCGUCCUGUUGCUAAAUCAGCCUACUGAUAAGAUCACACAUCGCUGUGCCUUUAUACAGGGUAACAGCAAUGACGUUACCUUGUGAAUACGACCAGAUAUAUCUCCUGACCACCAUGGGUGUUUACGUGAACACUAACUUUUGGUCAUUAACCAUAACUUACAUAUAGGCUCAGUGGCAGAACAAUGGUGGGAAUAAUGAUAUAAGUAGAAAAUGAGAUGCAUUUAUAAUUUUGUCUUUUCUACAGUUGCCAAAAUAUAAGAAUCAGAAGGUUGGGAUUUGCGUGUGUUGGUUGGCUGUUUCUUGCGGUGCUUUUCUGGCUGAACGACCGACUCUUCUGUGAGAUAUGGCGGUCUGUAUCCUUCCCGUAUCUUCACUGUGCUUGGCAUGUACUGAUUUUCGUUGCAAGCUAUACCGGUUGUGUUUUGGGAUCGUAUUUCUAUGCCGUCACCGAGUAUCCACACCUGCGACCGGUCCUUUCUUUCUGGCCUUACUGGUCCUCUGGCUGGGGAGUCCCAUACAUUUCCUUGAAGGCUGCACCUAAGGAAAGAGUCUCCUGCUAA